AUGGGAAGAGAUGCAGUGAGCGCCUUGGCAGGGGUGAUGAGCCCUUUGCUUGGCAAGCUCGGUAGCCUGAUCGAAAAGGAGUACGCCGAGCUCAGGGGCGCGAGGAAGAAGCUGGAGCAGCUCAGGAAGGAGCUCAUGGCAAUCAACCUCGCGCUGGAGAAGUACUCGGCCAUGGAGAAUCCCGACGUGCAGGCGAAGGCCUGGGCGUCGGAGAUUCGCGAGCUGGCCUACGACAUGGAGGACGCCAUAGAUCUCUUCACCUGUCGCGCCGAGCAUGAUCAGCCUGCAGCUGCCGCCAUGGGAGCCAAGAGGAUCGUCCUCAAGAUCCUUCGCAAGGCGAGGAGGAUCCACCACAGGCACAGGCUCGCCAAGCAGAUGGACCACCUUCAGGUUCUUGCCAACGAAGCGUACAUGCGACACAAGAGAUACAAGCUCGAACAAGACGACGACACGGCCUCUAGCAGCUCGUCGUCUAUGGUGAUUGAUCCUCGGUUGCCAGCGCUCUACGUGGAGGCCGAAAAGCUCAUGGGCAUCGAGGGCCCAAGCAAUGAGAUCAUCGAACAGUUGGUCGGUGGCGAGCCUGCAGGGACGAAGCAGCAGCGCAGGGUUGUAGCUGUGGUUGGAUCGGGAGGUUCAGGCAAGACCACUCUUGCCAGGCAGGUGUUCGAGAGGAUCAGCAGCCAGUUCUCCUGCGCAGCGUUCGUGUCCGUGUCUCGGAAGCCCAACGUAAGCAACAUUCUGAGGGAGUUGCUGUCUCGAAUUUGGAGCAACCACCAUGGGAGUUCUGGAGCAAUCGAUCUGUACAGUGACGAACAACUCAUCGACAGGCUAAGAGCAUGUCUCGAAAAUGAAAGGUACCUUGUUGUGAUUGAUGAUAUUUGGCAAAAGUCGGCAUGGGAAAUAAUACAGUGUGCUCUUCCUAAAAACAGCCAUGCAAAUAGAAUAAUCACAACAACACGCAUCAGAAGUGUAGCUGAAUUCUGCUGCACUUCAUGCGAGGGCUUUGUUUACCAAAUGAAACCUCUUAGCAAAAGUGACUCUGAAAAUUUAUUUCUGAAAAGGACUUUUGGUGCCGGAGAAAAAUGCCCCAGUCACCUGGAGGGAGUUAUCAAUAAGAUACUUUACAAGUGUGAUGGUUUGCCAUUGGCCAUUGUCACUUUAGCUAGCUUGUUAGCUGAUAAACCCAGAAGAGAGGAAGAGUGGGAGAGAGUCCUAAAUUACAUAGUUUCUAUGCCCAAAAAGGAUAAUGAGCUGGAGGUAAUGGACAAGAUUUUGUCUCUGAGUUACAACGAUCUACCUCACCAUAUGAAAAACUGUUUCCUGUACCUCGGUAGUUUUCCAGAGGAUCAUCAUAUUGGCAAAGACAUUUUGGUAUGGAAAUGGAUAGCUGAAGGGUUCAUCGUCGCGAAACACGGGUUUACUUUGGAAGAAGUCGCAGAAAGCUACUUUUAUGAGCUCAUAAACAGGAGUUUGGUCCAACCUGUAAACAUGGUACAUGGGGUAAGUGAGCAGGGAUGCCAAGUCCAUGACAUAGUACUGAAUUUCAUUCUCUCUCGGUCAGCUGAAGAGAACUUUUUGACGAUCCUGGACGGUCAUCAUGAACAACUCCCAUCUUCAAGGACAAAGAUUCGCCGUCUCUCUGUCUGGAACAAGCAAGAAUGUGCGACGUUAAUGUCACAAGGAAGCAAGAAGUUGCCCCAUGUCCGUGCAAUUAGUAUGUUCCAUGUUGAUGGAUGGACAGUGCCUCCUGUUUGGGACCUACCUGUUCUUCGAGUGCUGGAUCUUGAGGGCUGCCAUGCUCUCAGGAAUGAUCAUCUCAAUUGCAUUGUGAAUUUGUUUCAUCUCAGAUAUCUGAGGCUUUGCAAGACAAGCAUUGACAGUCUACCGGUCCAGAUUGGGAAGCUCGAGUAUUUGCAGACGCUUGAUGUAAGCUCCAGUCUGGUAAGACGUCUGCCAGAGAGCAUCAUCCAGAUAAAGAGAAUGACGCGUCUUGUUGGCGAUGAACUCGUGCUGUCAGAUGGGUUUGGCAACAUGGAAUCUCUUCAGGAGCUGGGGGUUCUUGAUGGCUGCAGCUGCUCACUGAAUUUCGGGAAAGAUCUUGAACUUCUGACAAAGCUGAGGGUGCUUCGAGUAAUGUUCAGGUGCGAAGAGACAGGUGAUCUAGAUACCAGAAAGAAACAUUUGAUGUCAUCCCUCUGCAAGCUUGGGGGUAACAGCCUAAGGUCUCUCUACAUUCAGAGCUCUGUCACCGGUGUCGACUGCUCAGCGGAUUCAUGGUGCCCUCCUCCGAUUCUGCUCCAAAAGUUCGAGUACAGAGGUGUCCGCUACUUCUCCAGCUUUCCCAGGUGGAUCAAGCCUUCGCUCGCUCAUCUUGCCUACAUGGAUUUCAGGAUUCAGCAAAUGGAGCAGGGAGAUCUACGUGUUCUUCAGAGCUUGCCCGCCCUUCGUGUCCUAUGCCUGAGUGUCAAACAAGUUCUGGGAGAUGGACUCAUCGUCAGUCAUGGUGCAUUCCACUCUCUGACACGGCUUGGGUUCUGUAAUAUCGAUGGACCUGCUCUGAUGUUUGGAGCAGAUGUGCCAAGGCUUGAGUGGCUUAAACUUGAAUUCAAUGCGAGUAGAGCUCAAUCAACAUAUGGCAGUUUAGUAGCUGGUGUCCAGCACUUGUCCUCUCUUAAAUGUAUUGAUCUCACUGUUGGGAUGAUCUCUGAGACUGAAGAUGAAAGUGAUCCUACGGGGGUCAAGUCUAUCAUCAGUCGCCAGGUCAAGAUGCUCCCCAAUAAUCCCAAGGUUAACAUCACAUUUCUGUAGGGCAUUUAGCUCAUGGACUGCUGCUAGGGUGACAUGCCAAGUUAUAGGAAGCUUUUAUAUGUGAGAUUUACUUGGUCCAAUAAAAAGUAUCUCGAGAUACCGGUACCUCGAGGUACCAAAUCGUUUCUCACCAUUCGAUCUAGCUGAGUGAGAUGUGCACUGUUAGAUUCAAUGAUCGGAAACCAGUACCUCGAUGUACUUUUUAUUAGACUGAAGUGAAUCUCUUUAUAUGUAUGCAGUGUGUUUCAUAUAACUGUAAUGUAUUUUACAAUUUAUUCCACCGAAAUUCGUAUCAAUGGAGUGAUGGUUGUUGGAUUGC